GGCGACGGGUCGACUUACCUGGCGACGUCACCAGGUGUUUUCAAGGCAUUCACCUGUCUUAUAAAGCCGCACUAAACAAUCGUGUGUUAAACUUUCCCGUGUCCUUCCAUCUACCUGUAAUUUCUAUUUGAUAUUCCAGAAUAGUUUACCUGUAUUUUACUCUAGUAACACAACCGAAAAAGAAGUGAGAAGAAAAAGUUAAAACAAGGAUUCAAGAACAUAACAAAAAUGGCGAAGAAGAUCGUCGGUCUGCUAAAGAUGUGGUUCUGGGGCCUGGUCGCGAUGUUUUUCGUCGUCCUCUCCAUCGGCCUGGCCAUCGCCCUGAUCGUCGUCUGCAAACAGAGGGACGCGCUACAGAGCGGCACCACCGCAACCACCGCAGCCUCCACCAACACCACCACCAAGUCCACAGCCUGCGGCGCCACCAACACUAACGACAACACCAUCAACUUGAUGGAACCUCUGACGCCGGGUCCUUUCCACGACCUCACCAUUCAAGAGAUCAAAAACGUUCGAACGUAUCUUCUGAACGAGAAGAUCAUAUCAUCUGGCACCGCAGCCCUUGGUUCCAGCUCUAUCUACAUGAUGGAUCUGCUCCUGCCCAACAAAGCUGAAGUGCUCAGUUUUCUAGAUAAUUCCGGAGUCCCGCCUAACAGAGCUGCCCGUGUCAUGGUGUUCCGUGGUGACCUUACCCCACCUGUAGUCCAGGAGUUCAGGUGUGGGCCGCUACCCAACAUCUUCUCGUGCAACCUAAACAACGACUCAAGAAGUAGGAACCCUGUAGAGUUCUCCAUCAGACCAUUCAGCAACCUGGAGUACGCGGCUAUAAAACAAAAUAUUUUAACUAAAAUUGAUAAUGAGUUAGGUACCAUAUUAACAGAGAGCUACAACGCCACCUUUACAAAGUGCACGGACUCUGCUGACUGCCUGAACUUCGGCAACAUGCCCAUCAACACCUACUACCUAGGUGACAUCAACAAAAGGAGUAACUGGAUCGUGGGGUUCUACAACCUACCCUACGCCCCCCUCCACCCUAUCGGGUUUGCUUUCGAGUUGUCGGUUGAUGGCGUGGACCCCAAGAACUGGACCGUGGGUAAAGUCUGGUACAAUGGCGCCCUAUACCAGAGCAUUGCGGACUUCAGCUCCAAGUAUAACACGUUGACCAACAAGAUCAACAUGACCAAACCAGUGGACAACGACAAGCUGUACUCAUCACUUCAGAGACGUGGGGACCCCCAGCCCAUCAACCCCCAGAGGGCGCCGGUCCUGGUUGAACCCGAUGGUAAACGGUACUCCGUCAAAAACAGGAGGGUGACCUACUUAAACUGGGCUUUCAACUUCCGGAUGUCAUCCUUCACUGGGCCAAUGUUGAACGAUAUCCGUUUUAAAGGGGAGAGAAUCGCAUACGAGCUCGGGUUAUCGGAACUUGCUGUCUUUUACUCGGGGGCAACUCCUUCAGUGCAAUUCAGUAACUUCGUGGACAGCGGUUAUUUGAUCGGGACCCAAUCCAAGGCUCUUGUACCUGGGGCAGAUUGUCCUGAUACAGCUACACUAGUAAACCAGACUUUCAUGAGCCAAUCCAGCGACACACCAGGUGUCUACGACGCCGCCUUUUGUCUGUUCGAGCACAACAACGGCUUCCCACUUCGCAGACAUUUGACUUAUGGCAACAGCCGACGUGCCUUCUAUGGCGGCAUGCUGGACUCUGCUCUGAUCCUUAGAUCAGCCCUUACAGUGUUCAAUUACGACUACAUCGUUGAUUUUAUUUUCCACCAAAAUGGCGCCCUAGAGACAAAGAUCAUGCCCACAGGCUAUAUACAGUCCAACUACUUUAGCGAUAUCGAGAAGAUGUAUGGCUUUCAACUCGGAGACACUCUGUUCGGGAACCUGCAUCACCACCUGGCGCAUUUUAAGGUGGACCUUGACAUUGGCGGCACCAGCAACAGAUACCAGACGUUGAACAUCGUCCAGGACCAGACCAACAGAACUGACGAUCCAACAAAAAUGCUGUACCAGAAUAAAAUGGUCAAAACUCUCAAGACAACAGAAAAAGAAGCUCUGCUGGACUUCAACUUUGAACAACCAAAGUACCACGUUGUCUACAAUAACGCCUCAAAGACGAGCUACUCACAACACAAAUCUUACAGAAUACUGAUUGACAGUAUGUCGAAGAGUCUCCUCCCCGAGGGUCAGGGUACAGAGAAGUCCAUCCCGUGGGCCAGGCACCAGCUGGCGGUGACCAAACAAAAGGACACAGAGAGGGGCAGCAGCUCAAGCUAUGCUAACCUGGACAGUGCCAACCCAGUGGUCAACUUCGCUCAGUUCUAUGAGGAUGAUGAGAAUAUUGUCGAUCAGGAUCUGGUGUUCUGGGUAACCAUGGGAACCUACCACAUCCCCCACACCGAGGACCUGCCCACCGUGUCCACCACCGGGAACCACCUGACCUUCUACCUGCUGCCCUUCAACUACUUCCCCGAGUGUCCGUCCAUGUCGUCACGUGACGCUGUGUACGUGCGACACACUGACCCCAAGGAUCCCAAACUUGGGGUUACCGUAGACAGGAACGGCAACUCUGUUGGACAGUGCAUGAUCGCUAAACCCACUCUCGAGGAUGAUGUGACCAAAAACCCAGACCAAGUAUUAGAAAGUCGUAGAGUAAACUUAAUGAACUGAAAGCCACACUGAUGUAAUGUAGCUUAUGUAAGGUAGUAAUAUCACAAUCAAAAAAUGUAAUUCAGCAGUUCUAAGGGAAUGGUUUCGUCCAUCAAAGUUGUAGCCCAUCAAAUGUUGGGUAAAUUUUUGUACAAAACACAGUUGUAAUGUAGCAAAUGUAGAUUAACUACUUAACACAUCAAUGUUUUUGUCUAGUAGUUGUAGGGUGUUUUUGAAUAAUCAAUUUCUUAGUCUAGCAAAUGUGGGGUUAUUUUGACACAUACUAGUGUUAUAGAAAUGGUAAUCGUAGGGUAAUUUUCACAACAUCGAAUAUUUCUAAUCUAUCAAAAGAAGGGAAACUACGUAACAAAUCAAAGUUGUGGUGUAGCAAUUAUGCGGUAACUGUUAUACACGUCAAAGUGUAAUUUAGUAGUUGUAGUAAAACUUGACACUUUUAACAGAUGUAGGGUAACCGUCACACAUAUGUAUAGCCUAGCACAUAAAGAGUGGUUUGUCACUAACAAAUGAAGGAGUAGCCUACUGCUUUAUAUUCAUUACAUACUCAAUAAAUAUAGACUUUUUUCGAAGCUAUGUUUAUUUUGACAAGUACAUAUUAAAUUCUUAAAAAUACAUGAACACGUAAAGAAUUGUAUAAACAAUAGCAUUCAGAUAUAAAUGCAAGUUCAGCUUACAGUUUUGCAAAAAUAACUCUAUUAUAAAUAGAUGAAAAUGAACAUUACAUAAUGUACAUUUUCAAAAUCUUGUAUAAAGCCCAUACCUUUGUUGCUUUUGAAAAAAAAAAUAUUGUAAUGUUUGUAGUUAGAAAAACCUCCGAAGCCUGUUAUUUUAAAUAGCUUGCUUUAAAUAAGAAAACAGGUAGAAUUUUGCAAAAAAAAUUUUUAAAUAUGAAAAAAAAAUCCAAUGUUAUAUAUUUAAAUAGAAAAUAUGUUUAUUAAUGCAUUUCACAAUUGGUUAGAUAUUGUAAUUAAGUGUUUUUUAAUAUAAUGUAUUGCACAUUUGUUUUUACUUUACUCUUUGUGUUUUGAUUACUUUCACAUGUAAGCGGAUCUAGUAGAACUAGUGUCAUAUGCCCAUCUGCCUGUGAUUCAGCUUUGUAAAUGAUCUUAUGAAAAUGUAAUGGUAAUACAGCUUUUAUGUGUAUGAUAAAAUUGAUUGAAUGCUGAUAAAUUGUUCAUUUUGUGAGAUAGUUCAAUGAUAAAGUAUUGGGAAUGUAUGUGAAAAUGAUGUCAUUUUAAUUCAUCAACAUUAUCUGAGUACUGUUAAAAUGUUAUAAAUAAGAGUUACCCCUAAUUAAUUAAGGGUUUUAUAGUAUACAUUGUGAAUAAACAAAAAUAAUGAGAAUAAAUUAUAAAAUUGU